AUGGGCCAGGCACAACCAAGUCGUAAUAAUAAAUCAAGAACACAGUUUCGUUCACGUAUGUACAAUGUUUCGGAUGAUGAACAAAUCGAUCAUGAGGAAUUCACUAAAAUGAUUACAGCUAUGUAUAAACUUAAUGGUGUAGCUGUUGACGAUGGUGAUAAUAAUCCGAUAACACGUGCUACUGAAAUUAUUGCUUCACUUGGUAUUGAUGAAGACAAAAAAAUUGACUAA